GACAGAGCACAAGCUUUAGUUGUUUUGUAUUUUAUCACCGUUUUUGUUAUUAUUGCUUGUUGCCUUGUCCUGUGUGUUAGUGGCCCGGUUUGGUACAAAUCGACGCAUUUUAAUUUUAUUAGAAUGACGUUAGGUAACUAAUUUAUUUCUACAUUUACGAAAAUGUAGUUAUUGUGCAUAGACUGUGAAGUAGUCUAGGUCUUUGUUAAAAAGUGACAUGAUAUUUUUGUAAUUGUUAAGCCUAUUGUGCGCUAUUCAAUAAAAAUUGCAAAUGUUUUUAAUGAAAGCCCCUGAAAUUUCGAUUGAAAUUAGUUCUCAGUCAAACUCUGAUCAUAGCUCGAAGAAAAUCAUUUUUGUGUGCCGAAAAAUUUAAAUUAUAAAUUGACAUUACGGCUAAUUGUCAAAUAUCAUCCCCACUUUCAAUUUUGACUUUUUCGACCAUGAGGGAUGAGCAUGGCCACUUGGUACAGAUGAAUGGUCCUCUUCUUAUGGGCCGGGGCAUCCCCAUUGCCAUGGUGCCUGUGGUCCCUGUUGUGAAUGGGAAUGAGCCAGGUGCUGUCCCCAUGCCUCCUGUGCCUGCAGCAGCACUAGGAAAUGGUGCAAGAGAAGUCAAAUAUGAUGAUAAAAGUAGAAUUUAUUCUCCUCAACAAAGUGCACAGAAUAAAAAUAUGAAUCGAAAAUUGCCUACAAAUGGUGCUCAUAGAAUGCCUGUGCGUCCUCUGUUUAAUUCGAAGGGAGGCCAGACUCAGGUGAGGACUUCUGCCGGAUCCCAAGUCUCUGGAGCUCCCCUUGGGGCACCACCCAUUCGCCCCCAGAUGGGAACUUACAGAUACAACAUUCCUCCUGCUCCUCCUCCUCCAUAUGCCUCUUUUCCUGCUGUUACUAAUUUGGCUCCCCGUGGAGGCGCCUCUCCUCCCGUCAUCCCCACCAGCACUCCCCCUAGCAUGGGCUCCGAUGCAUCUGGCAACCCCUCCGAGCAGCUGAGCAAGACCAACCUUUACAUCCGAGGACUCACUCAUAACACCACAGACAAAGAUCUCUACAACCUCUGUGCUCCGUAUGGAAAUAUUAUAUCUACAAAAGCUAUCCUUGAUAAGCAAACCAACAAGUGCAAAGGUUAUGGAUUUGUGGAUUUUGAGUCCCCUGUUGCAGCAGAGGCAGCUGUUAAGGCAUUGGCCAAUCAAGGGGUACAAGCCCAAAUGGCUAAAGUAUGUUACACACGGCAACAAGAGCAAGAUCCAACCAAUCUGUACAUUGCCAACUUGCCUCCAUAUAUGACUGAAACUGAGCUGGAAGAGAUGCUGACCCCUUAUGGUAACGUGAUUUCUACACGUAUCCUCAGGGAUCCAGGAAUGAAUUCAAGAGGUGUUGGAUUUGCAAGAAUGGAUAAUCGUGAGAUGUGCGAGAUGAUUAUUUCAAGAUUUAAUGGAAAAGUCUUAGCCGGUUGCAAGGAGGCUUUGUUGGUUAAAUUUGCAGAUGGUGGUAACAAGAGGAGAAAUCAGUUCAAGAGCCAGGAACAAAGGCUGUGGCCAGAGAGAGCAGAGGGCAUUCAGUUGUAUGACCAGAGUGGUCUAAACCAGAAUGGGCUGGCUUCCCAGGUGCUGAGCCCUCUGGGCGGUGGAGCCGCCUUCCCACGUCCUUAUUCAAGUCCUGUCUCUCCUUUCCCGCUGCAACCAAAUGCUGCUGCAGCUUGGAUGCACCACCCUCAACAGUACAUUCUGCAGCAAUCUUUACCUCCUCAGAUGAUUUCUUCCUCCUUGGAUCCUCUGCACUACGGAGCCUUGAUGCCUCAGAUCACUGCUCAUUUAUCGCAGCUGCAGCUCUCAGGAACUUCGUAUGUGGCUGGUGCUCCCCAUGCCUACACUGGCACUCCCCCUGCUCCCCUCUAUCCCCAGGCAGCCCACAUCCAGGUACAGCCUUUGCCCGCCCUUGAAGAUCCAAUGAGUGCUGCUGCAGCUGCCGUUCCAAAUAAUGGAGCUGCUCUGGCCAACGAAGAUCCCAACAUAUAUCAGCAACAUUACAACCAGUCCAAGUGAAAAGACUCAGGGUUUCCUGAACUAUUUGACAGCACUUCCAUGUGGAUGGAUCCCUCUAUAUCAAAGUGUUGAUGGACUGACUUCAUGCGAAGUUUCUAGAGAAUAUUUUUAUUUUAAUAUUGAUCCAACACGAAAACAAAUACAAAAACAAAUAAACAAAGAUAUUUUUUAAGCCCAAUGUUAUUUCUGGAGAUUCUCUACACGACACCCGUUUGUCAGUUGUUGACUAAGUUUCUGCAACCAUGGAUCUUUUAACUUGAGCCGAAGGACAAUUACUACGGCUUUUAUAGAAUUCCCGUAUCCCCCAAUUCUUUUUUUUUUUUAUUGUGUAUAUGUGUGCGCAUCAAGAGCCUCGUCCUGAGAAGAAAAUAAAAGCAUUUUGGUGGAAGAUUCCAAGAUUUUUUUUCUUUUUUUCUUCCUCUAAUUAAAAAAAAAAAAUCAAUGUGAACGUAUAGUGUGCUUUGUCCGAAAAAAAAAAAAGUAGUUUUAGAUUUUACUCGUAGGAUGUAAACUUCGUAGAAUAUGUCAUGCUUUUUGUGCAUCGUGAGAAGUGGACCCAUCUGUGGAUGAAGAGACAUCAUUUCCCUGCUCAGCAACAUCAUUCUAUGGAUGGACAUAUUUUAAAAUGUUGACAGUGCCCAGAUUGGGUUGCUUCUCAAGCUGGGCAGAUGGAGCCCUUCCACCCCAUUUCCUGGACGCUGUAGUGCCACUUCCCUGUUGAAGCGGCAUCUCCUGCGAUGCAGGGGGGAAUGCAAGAAAACGUCAAAUCUUGUGGAUCUGUGCCUUUUUUAUGACCUGCCUCCGUUUCUUGUGUGAGCUAUUUUUUCCUUUUGUGCUGUCCCCUAUCCCCUCCUCCCCUUCUCUGAACAUCCGAUCAACAGCACUUUCAUCCGGAACUUUUCUGGGAGGGAGUACUCUGGCGUGUAUAGUAAAAUAUUUUUUAAAAAAGAAAUCUAUUGAGCUCUGUUUCUCCUAAAGAAAAUUCUUGUUUUCUGAGCAGAUGAUAAAUUUAUUAUUAAUUCAAUCUGGAUGUUGUUUGUGUAUAUGUGAUUUUUUUUCCCCUCUUGAUUGUUUUUGAUCUAUUGUCAUAUUCCUCAUAAUCUAAUUUAUAUUCUUUUGUACAGAUGUAUCUUUUAUGGUUUCUUUUUAAUUUAUUUGAUGGAAAAAAAUUUAUUUAAGAGUGUUUCUCAAACUCCAAAUGAUCAGUCUUCCAAACUCAAUUUUUUUAAAAGGUUUUUCUAUUAAAAAUGCCUUUGAGCGAAGUAGAUUAAUUAAAGUGAAAACAAGCUGCUACCAAUAGCAUAGUUUUGCCUUAAAAGUACUUGUGCAACCGAGCUUUUCUGCCUUCUUUCGCUUCCCAACCUUUCAAUUCCCAUUAAAUUAUUUUUUUAUUGUCUGGUGUCUAACUGCAUUUUGAGGAACUUUCUGUGUUGAUGCAUAAUCUUUGUUUUGUAUACUAAUUUAUUAUGUAUUUGAAUGAGGUGCCUUUUAUUUUUUUUUUGUUUUAAAUGUGAAAUCAUUUACUCUUCCACCCUCAACAGAUGAAAUCAGUUCCUAUUCGGUUGUUCUUCUAGGGGAUAUGAAUAAAUUUUAACUCAACUUAUUAAACAAUGAGCAAUAACGAAAUGUUAAAAAGUAGAUAAAUUUUUAUUAUUGCUAGGGAAAAUAAAAACUUGACUUUAUAUGCUAUAUAGAAACAUGUUAACGAUUCGAGCACGUACGUAAGGAAAAAACAAACUAUUUUUGGGGUUUUAUAUACAGGGUUUAAAAUUUUUUAUUUUCAUGCCUGUUGACUAUUUUUAAUAUUCAUCAGUUGAAAAGUGAUGCAAUAAAAAUUGUUUUUUAUAUUUCCACCAACGAGAUCCAACUAAUACUGUACUUAGAAAAUACUACUGUUAAAUUUUCUUGUAUAAUGUCUUUAUUUUUUUAAAAUGAAGCACUGAUUGACAUUCCUGAAUUUUUGUACGAAAAACAAUUCUUAAUCCGUAGUUAAUUAGAUCGUCUGAAUAGAGUAGCUGUUUUCAGGCUUUUGUCUUUGGUUUUUAUCUCAACAUUCCACCGUGUGUUAACGAGACAUUCGUAACUCAGUGCAGAAUGCUAGAUUUGUACUGCCUGUAUCAAACGAAUCAUAUCGUUGCCUUAUUUAUUAAGCUUAGUAAAUGAAUAACUCAAUGGUUGGUGACUGUCCACCUUCAUUAUUUCCACAAUGGAAAUUUUUAAAAUACUCAAUUUAUGGGGUUAAAAAAAAGGGAAAGAAAUUUAGAAUUUCUCUUUAUGCAGCAUUUAAGUAAUUUUAUAUAUUUUAACAUUGUCCAAAUAAUUUAUAUUAUUGAUACAACAAUGAGCUAAUAUUUACAAGAGAGUGAAUAUUUCAGUUGACUGAAUGUUCUGUUACUGCUUAAUUUGGAAUUCAAGGUACUUACUGUUAGCUUUGGUAAGUAAGCAGAAACAUUCCAAAUGUGUUGACGGUUGUCUCGUUAAUGCACUGUCAACAUAUUCCACUGCUUCCGAAGAAAUAGAUGUGUUGCUACAAGACCAAAGUUUUGCUUUUCCUUCCUUUUGAAUGUUCUGUGUGAUUUUAAGUUGUGAUGCAUUCUGAAAUAAAAUCUAAAUUACCUGCACA